AGUCGUGAACCUUCCAAACAACAACAGCUAUUUGCGCGAAGCAGAUUCGCCGAACCCAAUUGAACUGCGGAUCUCACAGCUCAAUUCCAUGAAAGUCAACACUCAGACGCCUGGUAGUUGCCGUCAACAAAUCGUCCCACGGGACUAGCAAUGGUCCUUCGAGAAGUCAUCACUCCCCUCUUAAUACGGAUAGCUUCGUAUAUUCGAAAUGGAUGAAACCAUGCAGCUACGGCACUACAGCGAUACCAAGUUCGACCACCGUGUCGCCGAAGGCUUUCCAUGCAGUAACCCAACGGUUGACCUCUCGGUCAGCUGGGACGCACAAGGGAAGAAUCUUUUGAUCUAUCGCCCCAGAGAACACGUUGUGUCCAAAAUCCACCAGUUUGCGAAGCCAGGUCAACAGGCUCCAGAGCCCCAAGCUGUGAGAUGGAAACCAGACGGCCAAUUUCUUGCUGUGGGCUGGAGUGACGGGUACGUGAGGUUGAUGGGCCUGGAGAACAACAAGGCUGCACAUCACAUUCGCGUUUGUGGGGAUGACACAGCGGCGCCAAACAUCACUCACAUCGGCUGGUCGCGCAACAUAGUGGGCAGAUCGCAGAAGCAAGCCCGGCAGCCGCCUCCGCAACCAUGGCAAAAACUCAUGUCAGAGGAGCUGAAUUUACCCGGCAGCCCGGCCUCGUUGGAACUUCCUCGAGAACUCGCCUUCUUAGAGGUAGACUCUGCAUUACCGAAAAUCAGUCCUCUACCUAGUUCCAGCGCCGGUGCAGGCGAAGAUGGCUUGGUGUUCACAUUAAGAACUGGCAUAGACUUCCUGUUCCAGCCUUUCAACACAGAGGACAGUGACCAAGUCUUUGUCAUGGUGGUAGGCACGAGUGAUGGCCGCCUCCAUCUCAGCAUUUACGAUUCCUUCGUCAUCGGCGACUUCCGAUACACGCUUCCCAGCUCCAUGUACAGACCAGGUGUUCUUCAGCUCAUUCAACAUACCUCUCAUCCAGAGGUUUCCACCCACGCUCUCCUCCUAAAGUCCUCAGCCGAUAACGACCAGGCAGUAUACUUGGUUCCCAUGGAUCUGCCCUUUAUACCCUCGUCCCCCAUCAAUAUCUCUCUCCUAGCGUCAAAGCUCACCACGUUACAGAAGCUGCUGCGUUAUGUUAAGCAGACGCAGCUCCACAUGCAAGUAGAGUAUAAGAACACAAGGGAGCUGCCGUCCAAGUUCUUACGAAGUGUCGAAGGAGACUUGGAACAGAUAGCACAUGGGCCGACAAAUAUUGUUCAGGCUCUUUACCACACAGUUGUCACUGGCCAUGCACAUGAGCCACUCCGAGAAUGGUUGGUUGACAGUUUGGCCGAGCGCGGUCACAAGCGAUGGGACAAGGCCGUGACUGCGGGACUGGAGAAUUUGCGCGGGUUGAUACAUGAAAAUCUUCUCCCAUCAUUAGAAAGAUGCGCCAUCAUUCUCAGUCGCCUUCGUGGCCUUGCUCAGUUUUACGACUCGCGCGACGAUAUUGGCUUCUCUGUGGCCCAAAUCACCCGCGCAAUGGACAUAGUGUCUUGCAUUACAAUGGUCGGACACAAGAUUCUCCUGAACGUCAUGGACGAACUCGACCUCUUCCAUGCCUUCUCCACGUGGAUGCGAUUCCAGAUUGACCGUUUUGCGGCCCCGAACUCGGCGAGCGAAGAAUUGACGGAAAAGGAGGCUACAAUGGAGAACAGCAAGGUUCUUGUCUACGUGCAGCGCUACCUCAUCGAGAGCCCCAUGGCCAUAUUCCUGGACGAAGUGGCCACAGACGAUUACUCGGCGAAUUGGGAACGAGCUGAAAGCGGGACGUCAAUGCUCGAAGAGCUAGAUACACAGCUCAAACGCCAGGAAGAGGGACAGGCAUACCUGAAGGCCUUCCCAAAUGUGGGCUUCUUGGUCGACUACCUCACUGCCCGCGUGAAUGGGGUGUUCAAGGAUAUUGCCGAAGCACAGAAGAGGAGCGUUCGAUUUGGUCAGCCGACAAAGAUUGGGUUGGGCCAGAAAAUUGCGAAGAUCGACUCUACCAUGUGCUCGGAAAGACGAGACGACGAAAUUGAUGGCCUCACCUUCACCGCCGUGACCGAAGAGGGUCGGGAUCAAGAGUUCUUCGUCUUCCGAACAUCUAUCCGCAUCAUCAACGGUAUCAGCAGCAGCGUCGCCACGACAGUUGCUGCCCUAUCUGUAGACGAUGGCAAAAUCGCCGAGGUCAAGUUCAUGGACAGCACUACGUUAAUUCUGCUUGUGAACAGACAAGGAAAACCCGCCAAUGUCACUAUGGUACCCAUCCAGUCUCCCAGCAUUAAUUACGUACCCUAUCAAGAAAACAACCUGCCAGCUUCUACACCUCUAUACAAACAAAUCCAGGCAGAGCUCGUCACGAAAACACUCCCCGAAGACCCGUCCUUCACGCCGAUACGGAUGGACGUACAAAAUGCCACGGACGCCCGCGGCGAAGUCCCGGCACGCGUAUGCCUCCUCGGCGCCAGCCGCUCAAUCUACAAGGUCUUCAGCCUGUCGUCCGGCCACGACGACAAGGACGCUCCGCGAAAGACGUCGGCACCAGCCGCGCGUGGUGACUAGAAGACGCCCGUGCCCCUGUCGCCAGGUAAUAUGUUCAGGGUGCCGCCAAAGCGGUUCACGCCGCGCAGUAAGAAACGCAUGGCUGUGCUGGAUAUGCGGAGGUUGGAGGCCGCCACGCUGGAUGAGCUGUUCCAUAGAGAGUAGGCUUGUUAGAGUGGGAUGGGAGAACUUAGAUGAUGUGGAGUGGGUGAAUAGAUGAAUGGGAGUAAUAUUACCGAGAAAAGCGUUGCUGGAGCCCCCUUUCCCUACAUCAACGUUGGCAACGCAGAAUAAGGG